AUGCCUCUCCUCUUCAACGGUAACCACCGCUCUUCGCUCUCGGAGAACGAGAUACCCGUCUGGGAUCUCAGGACCAGCUCUUCCGAGGUCCCGGACGAUGUCCAGUACCUCAAGUACGUCAAUGGCUCGCCCUCCCAGCUGGAGCAGGACAAUCGUAACUCUGUGAAUCGGAGGGAUAUCCUGCCUGGAGGCAAAUACCGCGGUAUCGCCAAGCUCUUUUUGCGCUUUGAGAACAGUGAGGCAGACACCUGGGUCGUUGCCACAGGCUUCUGUGUCAGAGAUGAUCUCGUCGCAACCGCUGGCCACUCCGUCUACAACUGGGAGUAUGAGCUCGGCGAGCUGACCGAAGCUAAGGUGUAUCUUGGGUACACCGGAAAGCAAAACAUUGACAACCCCGAGGUCGAGUUCCGCUUUGGCAAGCGAGUUGCCACAACCCCCGAGUGGAUGGAGAAGGGCGGUCGUCGCGAGGCUAACCUCGCCUUCAUCAAGCUGAACAAGCCGUUUAGGGAGGUUACACCGUAUGACUACCGGGAUACACCGGAAAGCGACAUGAUGAACAUCGGCGUUGUGGGCUUUGCCGGUGACCUCAAGAAGAACGGCGAGCCUGGUGCAACCCUGUACGAGUGCUUCCAAGACACGAAGUGGAGUCUAGACAAGUCCAGGUGGCAGAUGCUCGAGUAUCAAAUUGAUCCAUAUGGAGGCAUGUCCGGUGCUCCAGUUCUCGACGAAGACAUGAACUGCAUUGGCGUCCACACCUACGGCGGGGAGAGGAACUGCGCCACCGUCGUGGGCCACCACGGGCAUUCCUUCGAGCCCUACUUUGACGCUCUCGACUCCCGCACCGAGCGUCGGCGCGGAGGAAGGCAGCCCCAGCGCCGCGGCCGCGGUGGCAUCGACGAAGAGCAAGACCUGGUCUGUCAAAUCCUCAGACUCAUUCGGGACUUCCCCGAUCCCAUCCCACGAGAUAUUCUGUCGCCCGACACACGUCUCUCCCUCGGCCAGCUCGGCGUGCGCGCAGGUGCAGUCGCAAACAUUGCCCUUAGUGCUGCAGCCAACGCUGUCACUGAGGACGUCGAUACAUCCGACAAGAAUUUUGAAUUUGAGCGCGACCAAGCCUUUGACAACAUAACCCAGCGCGCCAUCCUUGCCGAAGCGGCCCUUGCAGCCGUCCAGCAAAUGAGCACUCGAUUGCGCCAGAGUGAGCACGUCUUCAACACCAUCACCCAAGUCGUGAUCGACCUCCUCCCAACCAUCCAGCAGGCCGGCUCAACUGUCAUCAAUUCCGCCCAGGAGCCCAUCCUCCGUCUCGCCCUCGACGAAAUCAAGAACGGCGGGAAGCGCUCUGGUCGCUCCGAGUCCAUCCCCUCGCUCCGCCAAUCCCGCGGUGCCGCCAGCAGACGCGGCCUCAGCGGCCGCAAGGCUCAAUUCGUCGAUGCCCUAUCCGAAGGCGCACGAGACGAACGCACCGAGCGAUUCGUCAGCAACAUCGCCUCGGACGGCCUCUCCGACGACGCUGAGAUCAAAUGGGAUAAUCUCAACAUCUCCAAGCACCUCCAGUCCACCUCAUCCAUCAUCGAGGCCGGUAAGAAGCAGCCGUCCGUGGUCGGCCCACUUCUUGUCUCUAAGGGCCAAAAGCGGCAGCAUGGCCAUGGCGUCCACCCCCAGCACCAAAUUAACCUGCAUAACCUGCACGAAUUGAUGGAGAUGGACCUGCAAGACGACGAAUUCCCGCUGUCAAUCGAGUGCCUCCCACUCAGGGCUGUUGUCGCCGAGGCAGCGCUCCAGGCUAUUAUCCGUAUCCAGCAGCGGGAUCUCGAGGACGAGGGCCUCUUCGACACUAUGCGCGAAGUGAUCCGCAAGCACGGCCCAACAAUCGUCAAGAUCGCACCCGCGGUGAUCCGCAAGGUUGCGCCCGUGUUCACGGCUAUCGCGACCGAGGGCGAGGAAUACGCUGUCGAAAAGGGUCGAGGCGAAUAUGGCUACAGCGGCAAGUACGCCACCAAGUAUGGCGCUCGUCGCGAGGGGAGUCCUCAGCGGUACAGCCUCACCACUAAGGCGAAGGGUCUUGCGAAGAGCAAGCUUGCAGGCACUGCUGCUGGCAUUUCCUCGGCUGAGAGGCAGUUCUUGCAGGCUUUCUAA